GUCCUAUAGCUAGCGUGGCUCUACCGCUGCAGCACCACAGAAGAAGUAGCACAGUCGCUGCAUUCCCGUAACGAUGGCGGCCGCCUUGAGAGGAAGCUUGGUAACAUUGGUCAAGGGCCUGAGCAGCCCCCGGUGGCAGCAGCUGGCCUCUCGACCACUGAGUGUGUCUGCUGGUCUCUGUAGCCCAGAAGCCCCACCAGCCCGCGCUGAUGCUAUCUUCAAGGUCACGAUGGUGCCUGGGGAUGGAGUCGGACCUGAGCUGAUGACUGCUGUCAAGGAAGUGUUCAAGGCAGGAGAUGUCCCGGUAGAAUUUGAGGAGUUUCACCUGAGCGAGGUACAGAACAUGGCCAGUGAGGAGAAGCUGGAACAAGUGUUAACCUCUAUGAAGAACAACAAAGUGGCCAUGAAAGGAAAGAUUCACACACCCAUGGAGUUCAAAGGAGAGCUGGCCUCAUAUGAGAUGAGACUGAGGCGCAAACUGGACUUGUUUGCUAACGUGGUUCAUGUGAACAGCCUGCCGGGCUACAGCACUCGCCACAACAACCUGGACCUGGUCAUCAUCCGCGAACAGACCGAGGGGGAGUACAGCUCCCUGGAGCACGAGAGUGUGACGGGUGUGAUCGAAUGUUUAAAGAUCAUCACCAGAGAGAAGUCACGGCGCAUCGCCAAGUUCGCCUUCGAUUAUGCCACCAAGAAGGGGCGAAACAAGGUCACCGCUGUUCACAAGGCAAACAUCAUGAAAUUAGCUGAUGGCCUGUUUCUGCAGAGCUGUGCGGAGAUAGCAGAGUUCUACCCCAAAAUCAAAUAUGAGACCAUAAUCAUUGAUAACUGUUGCAUGCAGCUGGUCCAGAACCCAUACCAGUUUGAUGUGCUGGUAAUGCCCAACCUGUAUGGUAACAUUAUCGACAACUUGGCAGCAGGGCUGGUUGGAGGCGCGGGAGUUGUUCCUGGGGAAAGCUACAGUGCAGAGUAUGCUGUGUUUGAGACUGGUGCACGCCACCCCUUUGCACAAGCUGUAGGAAGGAACAUCGCCAACCCCACAGCCAUGCUGCUCAGUGCUGCUAACAUGCUCAGGCACCUCAACCUGGAAUAUCACUCCCAAAUGGUGUCAGAUGCUGUCAAGAGGGUCAUCAAACAGGGCAAGGUACGGACACGAGACCUUGGCGGGUACUCUACCACUGGCGACUUUGUGCAUGCUGUUGUGGAAAACCUGCGUCACCGACCUGUUUACUAAGAUGUUUCAUCGCACUCCUCACUGACAUUUCUUUAAAAAAGGAUGUUGUUCUUAACAUGAACUGGACGCAUGUUAAGACUCACCCCCCCUCUCACUGCACCAUCCGUUGCAUCAUGAUGAUGAUUUAUACCAAUGGGGCUUUUAUAUAUUUCUAAAAAUGUGCAGCCUGUAAGGAUUGUUCUCAAGGAUUUAUAUUACACAUUUUUACAUCUUUCCCCAUAGUGACUGUCCAUCAGAGUAUCUCUUUGUAUUGUAUUACAUUGUGCUUGUUGCUUAAUUGUCCCAGUGUUUCAGCCAUGUUGGCCACACAGGCUACCUCUCUGCUAUCACACAUUGUUAGCAACCAGACUGCCCUUAUCAACAGUUUAUCAGCUACUCUGCUUUGGCCUCACACUUCACCACCACAUUGCUUCACUUUCUUCUCAUUUUCUGAAUCAUAACCUCAUAACUGAAUCAUCUAAUGGCUGUACCUGUAACUUAAUAUACAGUAUGACGUUGCUACAUCAUGACCCACCACAACAUUUCUGACCUACACAUCUUUGGAUGUUUUUAAUAAACAUCUAUUCUGCUAUUGCAGUGCUGUAAACUCAAUUAAAACCUGAAAUUGUUCCUGUGAGUUACUGUAUGGCAAAGGCAAACCCCCUCAUAAUGCAACAUUCAUGUUGCUUAUUAGGUAUUAAUAACGACGGUAAUAUUAUGACAUUUCUACCAAAAAAGAAAAUCAAGUAUACCAAAAAAAAAGUGUUACAGCAAAAUAUGAGCUAGUCCUCCAUCAUUGCAGCAUAUACACUAGGUUGAAUUAUGAAUAUGAAUGUGUUAUAGAUUAUCUGUUCCGUUUUUGGUCUCGUGUCAGCAAAUGAAGUGGGUAAAGUCAGUAUUUUUAUAUUUAAAAAUCAUUUCCAAGGACUAUGGAGGAUAUGUAAACAAGCUUUGUUCAAGAUGGUGCUGUAAACAUUUAAAACAGUGCUCCUCUAUGUCACCACUUCAUCUGUCAGGCUUUUGUAUCACUGUGUACGCAGUUUAAGAGACUUCACAAGUAGUCUGUUAACUACAAAUAAAAGAUAACUAUAAAAAAUAUAUUAGCAACUGUAUUCAUGUUUAUAUUUUGAACCUUUCUGGAGAAUGUAUACCACCCACCAGUGAAAACAGUGUCAUGUCCUUGUUUUUGCUUUCUUUGUUUGUUUUUUGUCCAAUUUAGUUUCCUUUUUGUUCACAAAUCUUUCAUGGAGAUUUACUUGCCUACAAAAGGUUGUCAGAAGAGUUAUGUAAUAUUGAAUAAAUAACAUGUCUUCUCUUAGUAGUCACUGAUGGACUUUGAAUGAAUUUACUCUAGUUGAAUUUUAUUUGACUGGUAUAUUUUAAUUCUCAGCCUCUAUAAAUGUUGAAAAAAUGUGAGAAAAUAAAGAAGAGAACAUAGCUUAGGAAGGAAACUGCUGCUUUCUAAAAGUACGACUCACUGACCACACUAUUUCUGCAUUCUGUGAGUGCAUUUUUAAAGGCUCUCUAACAUGCAGGCUCUAAUAUGUGGACAUGUGUUGCUGCAGCUGUGCAUAUAGUAACAAA